CCGCGGGGUGCGCGCACGGGGCUCCUGCUGCAGGAGGGGAAGGCGCCGGGCGUGCCAGCCUCCUUUGUUUGUUUCUAAAACCACCCGGAUCUCCGCCAAACCGAGCGGAUCUCCGAAGAUCUCCGCCUCCCCGCGGACGGCCCCCGCCGCUCCCCCCUCAGCGGGGAGGCUGCCGCCGGCCGGCCCCGAGGCCUGCGCACUGCCGGGGCUGGGCCGCUCCGGGCCGUGCUGUGCUGCUGCUGCUGCUGCCGCCGGCCGCGGUGGGACAGGGGUGCGGGCGAGGCCCUCCCGCCGUGCCGGUGCCGGUGCCGGUAGCGGUGGCCGCUGAUGGAGGCGCCGCCGUCCCCGCUGGAGUCGGCCCGGUUCAUCGCGGGCCGCAGCCGGGACGUGUCGGUGUCCGAGGAGGGGGCGCGGAGGGUGGCGGAGGCCCUGUUCGACAAGGUGUCCUCGGCUGCCUUUAGCCUGGCGGGCUGGAAGGAGCUGCACGAGCUGAACCCCCGCGCCACCAGCGAGGAGGCGGUGAGCUGGGUGUUCCUGGUGGACACCCUCAACUUCUCCUUCUGGCCGGAGCGGGACGACCAGAAGUGCCUGGUGAAGUACAAGGGCACGGCCUACAGCGGGUACUGGGCGCUCUGCGCUGCCGUCAACAGAGCGCUGGACGAGGGAAUACCUAUUACCAGCGCCUCAUAUUAUGCCACCAUGACGCUUGACCAAGUCAGACAAGUAUUGCGCUCUGACACAGAAGUGCCCAUGCCUUUGAUCGAAGAGAGGCACCGGGUGCUGAACGAAAGCGGAACAGUUCUUCUGGAGAAGUUUGGAGGCUCCUUCCUCACCUGUGUUAAAAUGAGUGAGAACAGUGCCCAGAAACUACUACGCCUAGUAGUGGAAAACUUUCCUUCUUACAGAGAUGAGGCCGUAUUUGAGGAAAAAAAGGUUUCUUUCUACAAACGGGCACAAAUACUUGUGGCUGAUACAUGGAGUGUACUGGAAGGCAAGGGAGAUGGCUUUUUUGGUGACAUUUCUAGUCUGACUAUAUUUGCUGACUACAGAAUUCCUCAAGUUCUUGUUCACUUAAAAGCAAUGAAGUAUUCUGAAGAGCUAAUGAAGAAACUACGUGACGGAACCAUUUUCCAGUCUGGAGAUAAGGAGGAGGUGGAGAUCCGUGGUUGUUCAAUUUGGUGUUGUGCACUGAUUUGUAAGCACCUGCUGGAGCUCUAUGAGAAGAAGGGUCAAGACAUGCGCGAUCAGAUCAACGCAGUUUUACUUGAUUACUAUCUUUGGGACUAUGCCAGGGAUCACAGGGAAGAGAUGAAAGAUACUCCAUUUCAUCGCGUACGGUGUAUAUAUUAUUGAGUCCCAUCUGGUAUCUGUUACAGCUACUUUUUUAAUACAGUGGUUUCUCAUGUACUAAUUUAGAGCUUGCUAAAUCAACCAACGCUCACUUUCUGAUGUUACGUUACCUACUUAUGUAUUAUUUUUUGGAUCUUUCUCUAGCUGUGCCUGGAGUUAAUAGUGUAAAAUCAUGCUGGAAAAUCUGUAUUAAUACAGGUUUUACUGCUUCGG